AUUAAAUAAUUGAGUUCUCCACUUGUUUCCACUCUAAACCCCCAAAACUUACAGAACCUUUCAUUUCAUUCAUUAAUUUUUCUGAAGUUUUCAACUUUAUUUCUAAAAGAAAGAAAAAAAAAAAAGAAGAAGAAAAGCAAUAAUGGCAGUUGUAGAGAUGGUGAUUGGCCCUUGUGAGAUAGACCAUAUCUUUUUAUUUAUGAAAACAAGUUCGGGUUAUAGUAAAAUGAAGGAGAGAAUUCAACAAAAAUGCUCGUACAUAAAGUAAUACAAGUAAUUGGCCCUUGUGAGUACCCACAUUUUACAUCAAAUAAUAAUUCAGUUCUCCACUUCUUUCCACAUUUCAUUCACAAUCACACGUUUUCUGUAUUUCCAACUAUUCUUAUCUAUAAUCUUUCUGCUGUUUUGAACUUGAUUCCCCCCCCCCCCCCCAAAAAAAAAAAAAAGAAGAAAAGCAAAUAUGGCAGUUGUAGAGAUGGUGGUUUCAGCAAUGUUUAAAGAAGUGUUAGAUAAACUGGUCUCUGAAGGAGUGAAGCAGUUCGCGAAGCUGAUUAACAAAGGAAAGAAAUCUGAAAACAAAAUAAAAAUCGAAGAAUGGAAGGAUGAGCUGGAGAUGAUUCAAGCGGUGUUGAUUGAUGCUGAACGGAAGCAAUUUGAUGAGCAACACGGAGCUGCAAUCAGGUUGUGGCUAGAGAAUCUUCAAGACUUGGCUUUUGAUUUGGAGGAUCUUUUGGACGACUUUGCCCUUGAAGCCCUCAAAAUGAAUCAGGGUAAUAAUGAUGUUCAUCAUUUCAAGAAGAAUGCUCGUGGAUUUCUUCCAACUUCCUUCCAUAAUAUGGUUGGCAGUGUUUUGGCGUGUGGAUGUAGUACUACCCGGCAAAUUGGAUACUCUGGUCCAGACUUUUCAUCAAGGAUUGAUGAGAUAAGUAAUGCCUUGAACAAGAUUCAAACCCGGGUUCCGACUUUGGGUCUCAUAUCCAACAACUUGAGGCUACCAACAUACGCAGUAGAGGUGCAGCAACGAAAGAUGCCAGAGACCUCUUCUUUGAUAAGUGAGCCUCAUGUUCACGGGAGGGAUGGUAGGAAAAAAGAUAUCAUCUGUCAAUUGUUGGAAGAUAAACCAAGUUAUGAGAAUUAUGUCAGUGAUCCCUAUCGUUGGAAUGGGAGGCAUUGGGAAGACUACUCUUGCUCAGUAUGUCUACAAUGAUGAGGAGGUGAAGACUCACUUUGCUCUUAAGGCAUGGGUGUGCGUAUCAGAUGCGUUUGAUGUGAAAGUGAAACGGAUAACAAAUGAUAUCAUCAACUCGGCCACCCAAGGCAAUUUUGAUUGUAGCAACCUGAAUCAAGCACAAGAGAAAUUGCAGCAAGUGCUAAAGGACAAUAAAUUCUUAAUUGUUCUUGAUGAUGUUUGGAGUGAGAAUUAUGAGGAGUGGAACCAGCUACAAAUACCUUUUCUUGGUGCACCACGAGGAAGCAGAGUCAUCGUCACAACCAGAAAGGAGGUCACUGCAGAGUCAUCGUCAUACUUACAUUUUCAUUUAUUUCACUUCUGACAGCUUGUUGAUACAACACUCAGCAAUCAAUGGAACUUCACUCAAACAAAAGAUUAUAAACUGGUUUUUCUUAUAAGACAUUUUCUUUGGCUGGAUAUAAAUAUUAUAUGCAGUAGCUUAAUAUUUAAAGUAGGCUGAUCUUGAAAUUUCAGCAUACCUGCAUUCUCCCUUCCUCUUUCUUGAAGUCAACCGAUCCGAGCUCAUCCCAUUCAACAGGUACAUGACCUUCAAAUGCAACUGUUUGCUCAUAUUAUGGUGCUAAGAACUCAUGUAACUGAAAAGCCUAACAGUAGUAACAUCUACAAUUUUAAGGUACUGGAAAAUUAAGCUUGCCUUUGCUUUCAAUUUAUUUUUAAUUUAAGAUGUAAUUUCUAGUGCUGCUGAUGGUGAUCUGAAAUACUACGUUACCUGAUAGAAAUUUCAACUCAUGGCAUGUGUUUAUGGUUUAGAUUUUUGGGAUUAUUUCUUUGGCUAUCUUGUCAUUAUUCGUGUCUAAACUUCUAUUGCUGAACUUAUUCCUUUGCUCUUUCAAUUCCGUACUUCUAGUUUAAAGGAUACCUCAAGGACUCGAGUAACAUAUUCUUCAGUCUGCCAGAAAAUUAAAGGAUUUGUUUUUAAUCACAAUUAAAGUGUCAUUCAUCUGUUCUUGACUUCUAGUAGUUCAAUAACAACCAGGUUUUCUUCUUUAGGCAUGUGUUAUUGCAGAGUUAUCUCAAAUUACAAAAAUCUCUUGGCUAAUUUAUUGUCUUGAUCAUCCCAAACUAGUAUGCUCUGAUGUAUAAUCACUCAUAGCUUAUUAAUUACUAAUACUCUUCUUUCUUUGCUCUGUUGAUAAAACUUCCUGCUGGUUCCGUUUGUUUUCCUACCAUUACCCAUUUUUUCAGCUACUGAUGAUUUCAACCUCCUAAAGUCUUUUGAGUUAUUCAGCGCCAACUGAAAUGUAGUGUUAAUUCAUGUAUCCAACUUAGUAUUCCAUGAAUAAUGCUUGUUAGUUCACUUAACUUUGUCAAUACUCAUUUUUGCAUAGUUCAAAAAAAAAAAAAAAAAAAAAAAAAAACUCAUUUAUGCUGAUAUUGUAUGCUCUUCACAUUUAUUAACUGGUAAGAAGAUACUUCUUCAGUGUCAUGUACUGUGUAAACUUUUGUAAAGUAAACAAUCACUUUCACAGUUGUAAAUUUUACUCCUUUUUAUGCUUUUAUAGUUAAUCAUUAGUCAUAGACUCGUAGCCAAUGACUAUAAUAGAAGAUAUACAUUAAGGAUGAAAAUUUCACAGCUGCACCAAACAAAGUAUUGUAUUAACCUAUUGCGGAGUAUCUGUAAGGGAAGGGCAAUGAAUUUGACUUCUACAUACUGCUAGUAGGUGAUUUAUAGUCAACGAGGUAUUUUAUAAUUUUCAAGUAUCAUCUUUUUUUUUUUUUUUAUUCUUUUAAACAAUGAGAUGAUUUGUACAAUUUUUCAUCUCAUGUUUGCACUAGAAACUUGUAGAAAGCUAGUAGCAAUAGCAUAUAAUCCUUUGCCUAAUAGCAUUGCACAUACUCUCUUAUAUCAGGUGACAAACAUUAUUGGUUCUACACUACUAGAGCUGCAGAAAGUUUGUCCACGUUCAGACAUUCAUCCAAGGAUUACUGUCAUUUCAUAGUUGCAAAGUGAUCAGAUCCCGGGCAGAGUGUUUUAGUUACGCUGCAGACGUGCCAAGUAGAAUGAAGCUUGUCAAAGCUAGGAAGUUUCGACGCUGUUUAUUACAAUAAGCUACAGUGUGGCUAAGAUACACUGCUAUAGUACCAAGAAGUAUCAGAUAAGCAUAAAUUGGCAUUUCUCUGUUUGAGCUUGAUAGCAACUUUGUUUAGCCAAUAUACUUGAGACCGCUCCAUAUGUUGCAACUUCAAGGUUUGUUAUUGCCUUAAAUUGUUGGCAUUUUUCAUUUUUGAUUCAGAGACAAGUCAUCAGGAUGCGCUUUUUAUUACUAGAGAGACAUAAAUUGAGGAUUUGCUUUUCACUGUCAAUGUAUAUGCAUUUCAUCUGGUUGUUGUUCAAUAGCAACCAGGAUUUCUGCUUUUGCUCCA